CAUCAUACGAACGAGGAGCCCACGUCUUCUAUCUUGAAGCUCCUCGACCUCAAUCGCAUCAACAUCAUUUCGCCUGAUACUUGAAAUCAUGGCGUCCCCUGCACAGCCCCUGCGCUUCCUGUGCCGGUCCUGUCGCAAAGGCGUCCACAACUUGUCCAAGCCCUCUCGAUCUUUUAGCACCACUUCCCAAAGGUCAAAAUCCAUUCCUCAUUUCGCACCCAGUGCAUCGCCCGAACUCGACCAACUUCUGUCCACCUUCCGAGAGAAAGUCUUCAUGCCAGCUGCCCUUUCGCAGCAACAUCGUGCCUUGAUUUACAAACGAUCCAAAGAUGCCUACAUAACCGCGGAGCCCGGUGUCACGGUGACCAUGUCGGACGAAGAAGAGAUCACUCUGAAACCAAUGGACUACUUUGAUAAACCUUCACUAAGAGGAAGCCUCUCGACCUUUGUGGAGAUUCUAAAUCAGCAUUCGGACCAUGCAACCUGGAGCAACUUGGUACCGUUUCUCCAAGGACUUGCCUUGGCCAAAUGCAAUGUUCCCUCUUGGUUUUACCAAAAGAUCACAAGAAAAGGCUGUGAGGUGGGGAAAGAAUCGUUGAUUAUUCGCUGCGUGGAGAACUCUCGUGACACACAUGUCCGGCUUUCGAUACCGGGCGUUGCUCGAGAGCUCUACGUCUCCCUAUACAAGCGGGCCAUGGAAGCUGGUCUCGAGGGACCACAGCUGGAUUCAGCAUACUCUCGGGCAGAAAAACUUGCUCUUUUACUGGAAGAUGAGGAACAUUGUGGAGGGAAGCUGACGCUGUACUCGAAGGACAAGAAACAAUUUGAUGUUGAUGCCAGGGCCGAUCCAGCCAUACUAAACAUUCUGCUUCUACUUUCGGCAUCCAAGGCCGCCCAGGUUGAGCCGGCAGACGAAGAAUUGAACAAGAAGGUCGUGGGGUACAUUCGAAAGGUGGUUUAUGCCGUAAACCAUCCACCCCAAAUUGAGACGGUGUUCUCGAGCUAUGACGUUUCCAAACCUCCGGGCAAGGCUGCCUUGUUGGAAGAAGCCAUUUUUGGAAAAAGUGCGGUCGAACAAGCUCUGAAACUCGAGCUGGACCAAGAAUUGAAGGAGAAAUUGCAGCAAGCUUCUGAAGUAUUGAAGACUAGAAUCUCGGAGCUCGAGCCUGUUGUUCGAGAGCAGGCGGCUGGCAGACCCAGAAGAGCGCUGGAGUUGUAUGAUCAAGCAUAGGAAGAGAGUCAUCUUUGAGACUGCGACACAUGCAGUGUGAAGACGUCGUUGCAAGGCCAGUGGCUUUGACCAAGGGCAUGAUAGCAACAUGUAUAGUACUUGAGGAGUGGGAACUGUGAAAAGUACAAAAGAUUGGCUGAAUGAGAUGCCAGCCUUGUUGAAUAGAUCUCCAUGUCCCAAUAAUCGAAACCAAGUGUCGCAGAUUACAUGCUACCUAGGUAUACACGACAUG